AUGUCCUCGCCCGCGACUCUUCUCCGUCCUCCAAUUCCUGGUGCGAGGAGUCAGAGUGGUUCGAGGACGCCUCGCUUGACGCUCGGAAUACCGCCCUCACCGAGCGGCAAGCCUGUUGCGGGUGAAGGACAACCACCAGUGCCUGAAUUGCCUCAGAUCCGACCUUCGUCACGCCCUACAGCUCCGAAACUGUCAUUAGCUACCCAUGGGGGUUCAGGUGUUCCGCAAGAACCACGACCGUCCUCACGUCCUACCGCUCCCAAAUUGUCACUGGCAACUCCCAUGGGAAGCUAUGGUGCUCCGCAAGAAAUUGGGUCCAAUCUAAGACCACAAGUACAACCGUUGAACAUUUCUGCAGUAACAGGAUCGAGCGAUGCAAGCAAUCAUUCAAGAUCGGGCAGUUUCACAGUGGGCGAUGGCCGAGCAAGUAGACCUGAAUCCGCAUCGUCUUCGACGUAUUCAGCGCUAUCCUUUGCAAUGGGCUUGAGACAGGGCCAGAUGGGUACACCAGAUCCAUCUUCAGCUAUCAGCUCAGUCUACUCAGAGGCUGGAGGAGGCACAUCAAUGGAGCGGGAGGGGAGCAUGAACGGGUUGCUGGUCGACCUGGAGCAACUGAGCAUCGAAAAGGGACGGCCAUUGGACGUGGAUGAUCUGGACGAUGAAGGUUGGCGUGCCGCAAGCGAGCAGGACAAAAUCAUGGAGCUUGGCAGUCUUGGAGAAGGUGCGGGUGGUGCGGUCACUAGAUGCAUUCUCAAGGGUGGGAAAACGGUAUUCGCAUUGAAGAUAAUUACAACCGACCCAAACCCAGAUGUGAAGAAACAGAUACUUCGAGAGCUGAAUUUCAACAAAAACUGCGCCUCGGCCCAUAUAUGCCAGUACUAUGGUGCAUUCAUGGAUAAGUCAUCCAGCACGAUUUCGAUAGCUAUGGAAUUCUGCGAAGGCGGCAGUCUCGAUAGUGUUUACAAAGAGGUCAAGAAGUUGGGAGGCAGGACCGGCGAAAAGGUCUUGGGCAAGGUUGCGGAGGGUGUUCUACACGGUCUGACAUACCUGAAUAGCCGCAAAAUUAUCCAUAGAGACAUCAAGCCUUCGAAUAUUCUCCUAUGCCGAGAUGGUCAAGUCAAACUCUGCGACUUCGGGGUCAGCGGUGAGUUUGGCACGAAAGGCGACGCCAACACCUUUAUCGGAACAUCGUACUACAUGGCACCAGAGAGGAUACAGGGCCAGUCGUACACCAUCACUUCCGACGUCUGGUCGCUAGGUGUCACUCUGCUCGAAGUUGCACAGCACCGAUUCCCGUUCCCUGCCGAUGGUACCGAGCGGCAGCCAAGAGCCGGUCUGAUCGAUCUGCUCACCUACAUCGUUCGCCAACCGAUCCCAAAGUUGAAGGAUGAACCCGAUCAUGGCAUCAAAUGGAGCGAGAGCUUCAAAUAUUUCAUCGAGUGCUGUCUGGAAAAGGAGCCUCCCCGUCGAGCAACACCAUGGCGGAUGCUGGAACAUCCGUGGAUGGUCGAAAUGAAGAGCAAGAAGGUCUCCAUGUCGACAUUCCUGCGCCAAGUAUGGGACUGGAAAGACUGA